GAGACUUCUGCGCCUGAUCGCGCUACAAAUACAACUCGACUUCCUUUCGGUGCUCAUGCGAUGUGUAUUGGUCUGCUCUGUGCUCUGCCGCCCACGAUUGCCACCGGGGCUGAGCUAUUAGACACCUACCCUGCCAGUGACUGGAGGGGGUGGCGGGUGAAAAGGGUAAGGGGUCAUGCAACGCCGCCGAUCAAUGUGACAGCAAAGGGCGAGAUUGAGCGCAGUAUUUAUUGUGUCCAACUGUCCAGCUGUGAGGAUAAAUGACUAAUCGCCCGGGCCAUGCAGACAGACCGCAAUCUGUUUUACCCCUGACAGAUAGCGUUAUUCGUUUAACCCCGGCAAUGGAAAAACAGGGGUAAAAAUGGGAAGAGGGUGGUGGCUUUCGCUAGUUGUACAGUACAUUCCUAGGAACGUGACACCACCUAAAAGCUACACACUUGCUUGUGCGUGGUGGGGGAGUGGUGCGGGAGCUGCCACUCCCCGCUUGCGCUCCUCGCCUUCAGCCCCUGCAGCCAGUGCAUAGGCAACCCGACGUACUAUCAUUUCUUAGCCUGGACCCCUGUAACAUGGUCGACAGUUGGUUUACAGUGCAAUUACACGUACGGCUGUUCUUUAGGUUACAACGGCGGCGGUGCUGAACAAGGCCGCCAAGAAGCAGCGCCUCCUGCUGUCGUCCGGGAAGCUGGGGGGCGCCAUCGCCUGGUCCGAGACGCCCUCCACGCCCGACGACAGCCCGCCCAAGGCGGCCGGCGACACGUUCCUGCAGGGCUUCAGGCUCGCUGCCACCCUGGCGCAGGUGUUCGGCUUGCUCCCGGUCAAGAAGCCCUCGGACGGCGAGAACGCGAGCUUCCGCUGGCUCUCGCUCCGUGUCGUGUACGCGCUCGUCAUCAUCACCGGCUCCGCCGUGCAGUCCGUCUUCUCGCUCAUGAGGAUGAUCGAGCAGGGCAUCAACUUCUACACGUCCGUUAACGUGGUCUUCUUCGUGACGGCGGCCAUCACCUCGGUGCUGUUCCUCAAGCUCUCCACCUCCUGGGGCGACACGUUCUCGCUCUGGCUCACUCUGGAGCGCUUCGUCACGGCCGUCAACGGCCACCCCGCGCGCCUCGUGUCCAGGAUGAAGGUCAUGACGGUGGUCGUCCUCCUGCUGGCGGCAUUAGAGCACACGCUCUCCAUCGCCACAUCGCUCUCUUCCGUGAGCGUCUGCUACGACCGCGGGGGUCUCCCCCUCCUCGUCGAGGGAUACUUCAUGGCCAAGUACAGAAAGACGUUCACGAUUAUCAGUUAUUCGCUUUGGAGAGGCAUCCUCCUGUUCGCCCUCCAGGUCAUCACGACCUUCAUCUGGAACUUCGCGGACCUCUUUGUCAUUCUCGUCUCGAUGGGUCUGGCCGCGCAUUUCCGACAGUUGAACGCGGCUCUCAGUCAGGCCAGAGGGAAAAUCAGACAUGAGGGAUUCUGGCGCACGAGGCGCGAGUCCUACAACGCCCUGGCUGUGCUGACGAGGGCCAUCAACGACUACGUCGGCCCCGUGGUGCUCAUAUCCUACGCCUCGAACCUGUACUUCACCUGCCUUCAACUUCUCAUAGUCACUAAGAGGAAGUCGACCACCAAUUCGCUCUACAACUUCUACUUCUUCUUCUCGCUGCUGUAUCUCAUCGUCAGGACGGUCAUCAUAUCGCUGCAGGCCGCCGACGUGUACCUGGAGAGCCAGAAGCCCCGCCCGGUGCUCUUCAGCGUCCCGUCACCCAGCUUCUGCCGCGAGGUCCAGCGGUUCCUCCUGCAGGUCAACACGGACAACGUUGCGCUCACCGGCUGUGAUUUCUUCUCCGUCACUCGUUCGUUCAUGCUCACGGUGGCCGGCACCAUCAUCACGUACAUCGUGAUCCUGGUGCAGUUCGACAGCAACGCCACGGGGGACGACACCCCCCACCCUAACAGGACCGUGUCCUGCACGUGCACCGACCUCAAGAUUUACAACUGUUAAUUCAAACAAAUUUAAAAAUGUUAUGGCCGUACGACUCGGAGUCAAUUUGUUUCGACAGUAAUGAUAUGAUGAAUUUAUUCUGUUUUGUUGUUUUUUUUCAAUAAAGAUUUUUUUUCAUGUGCCUCACUUUCAACCG